AUGCUUUCAGGCUCUUCAUCCUCUUCGCCCUUUGUGCCCACAAGCUUGACACCAUCGGGAUCAUCAUCACAGGCUCCCUCUUCAGUAGAUUCCUCUUCAGCUCAAUCAAAUACUACAUCAAAUGAUUGGGAUAAGAUUAAAGAAGUUAUUGCCAAAUUGGAUAGAGAACUUAAAGAUGUGCAAGAUCAUGGUGUGGUUCAUGCCCUUCAAAUGAGUGAUAAUAUCAUUGAAAGAAGAGAAAUCUUGAAACAUGCCAUGUCAUCAUUAAAAUCGAAAAUUCAGGAACAAGGUGCUCUCAUCAGUAAAGAGGGUUCAGACAAGACACAAUAUGAAAAACUAACACAACAAUCCAAGUCCAUAAGAGAAUUUAAAAAGAUUCAAUUCCAAGAAAAGGAGUUAUUAGAUGUUAUCAAAAAGUGUAGCGAAAAAACUGUUUCUCAUUUACAACUGUUUGAAGUCGUAGAAAGAAUUCUCAACAGCGUUGCAAAACAAAUGAAUGAAUUACUAGGCCACGAAGAAUAUGCAUAUCAAGACAUGCUUGAUCCAUUGAGUAAUACUCAUAUUUUCUCUUUAGGUUCAACAUUGUUAAACUUGGAUAUUGUCUUUUCUCCUGACAAGAAAACAUUGACUAGUGUUAGUUUUCAAAAGACUAAAAAAGAUUCGAGCAGCUCAAAGGAAAUCAAGGCAAUCUCGGAAGAUUUAAUGAACGCGCUUGUGAGAGAUAACCUUAUUGAAGUUUUUGAGAGCAAAUUACUUGCUGUUUGCAAAUUAUAUCAUUUAGUAUCAACCCGUACGAACUGUAUUGUGACAGACAAGAGUUCUUUGAGACCAGAUUCUAAUUUAACAUCUUCCUCUGAGACUUUCUUAAAAAGCACAACAGUGAUGAGAGAAUUCGAGCAUUACAUUAUACGUGAGAAUAAUUUUCCAUCAGACAAAGUAUCCAUGAAAUGUGAUGGUAUUUGGAUCAACUACUAUGGCGAUAAGAAUAUAAUUGUAACACUGGAGGCAUGUGGUGGAAAUGCUCUGAAGCAAACUUGUCCUGUUAUGAUAUUUAAUCCUCCUGUUUUCGUUCCACUCUCUGUGGCACGACAAUUUAAUUUCUUAAAACCUAUUUCCAAUACAUUGCACAAGACAACAAAUACACUCCCAAGUGAAAAUAUUGGAAUUGAUACUCAACAGACUGGCAUUACUGAGUGGUCAAGUGAAAUAAUUGCGAGCGAUCCCUAUACCCAACCAAUCACCCGAGAAUUGGAAGCGUUCCAAAAUUGUUUACUCCGAGGAUUCAAAACCAAUUCUUUUAAAAAGGUCCAAGACAGCACUUAUCACUUUGUAGCAACUCAAGAAGUUUAUUCCGACAAGAGGCUUGUCAGUUCUGCAGGAGUCAUGAUUAAGAGAAUUCCAUUUUUAACGUUCCCUCAAAUGAGACAAACCAUUGCAGAGGUCAAGAAACAAAUGAUAUUGAGAGAUUUAAUGUUGUCAUGUUUCAACUCAGAAUCAACCAUAGAACAGCAGCAAAAGAGCUUACUAACCAAUCCAACAUUCCAACACCACCACCAUCAUCAUCAUCACAUGUACGAUGAAAAGAUCAAAAAGGUAGAAGUUGAAUUUUCAACAUCAGAUAUGGCCAUUUAUGUUAGAACGACCAAUGAUUUGGAUUUUAUUGUUUUUAAAAUUGAGGUCGAUGCAUCGACUUUAGAACGAGUAGUCGUGUAUUGGAACGAAGAACAGCACGACUCACUCACAAACAUACUUGGCAAAACCAUGAGCGUACCUAUUAUGAUUCAUUACUUUUACACAAAGGUUGUAAUGAAUGAUGAGACGACUGCAUAA